AAUUGUUGUGAUAAACUUAUUAAAUAGGUUUCAAAAUGGUCGCUAAUUUAGUCGAAGAAAGUAUUGCAAAUCUUGCUGCCAAUACAGACAUGGCAAACACAUCAACAGGAACUAAAAUGUCAGAUGUUAAAAUCGAACAUUUGGACUACGGUUACAUUGGGAAGUGUACAGACGUCAAGUAUUUGGAAGCCAUUUUGAAAGUCCUCAGAUCGGGAAAAGAAGGACUCUUCCCUGACUUAAUCGAGUUUGCCGAAAACAGACUUCGAUUGCUGGCACCGUCAAGUAAACAGCUAAACCUACCACAACCCAUCAAACAAAAGUGGGCUUUGAAUAAAGAUGAAUUGCGAGAUAUUUCUGAUGACUUGGAAAGUUUCGUGAGUGAAAUUAAAACGGAGGAGGAAUCAAUAAUAGUACAAAGUAAUGAUGGAGUUUCAAGUGAGGAAAAUUCGGCGCCAGUGAGAGGAAAUAAUGAAGUCAUUUCGCCGCAUGUUAAUGGCGAAAGUGUUGCACAAGCGAAGUCUGAUAAAACAAGUAAUGAGCAAAGAAUUAAGUCUGGUGAUUACAGAGCGUGGGAUAAACUGAAUGUAGAUGAAGUGUGUGAACAAAUUGACAAAACAGACGAAGAGGUCAAGAAAGUUCAACUGGAAUCUGUUCGGGGUGCGAAGUUGCCCUCGGAUGAAGUGAAGAAAGUGGAUGUUCCUGACGUUGAAGUAGAAAAGAGAGCGAAUAAGGAAAAAGAGAAGGGAAACGAAAGUUUCAGAGCCAAUGAUUUCGACGAGGCGAUAGUCUACUACAGCAGGUCACUGAAGUUCUUGGAGUCAGCUGCAGUUUACAACAACAGAUGUCUAGCUUAUCUCAAAAAAGAAGACUUCAAAUCCGCAAUCAUAGACGCAGAACAAGUGCUCUCAAUGGACAAGGAUAAUCUUAAAGCUCUUCUGAGAAUCAGCCAGGCUUACUUUGGCUUGAAGGAAUACAACAAAGCCAGAGUUAGUAUAGAGAAGGUUCUUGAGUUAGAUCCCGGAAACAAAACUGCGUUGAAAACGAAAGAAGAUAUCAAUAAAAAGUGUCCCCCGCCUGCGCCUGGAGCGAAGCGACUUCUGAUUGAAGAAUGCGACGAAGAUGACGAAGAGGAAAGCGUGAACACAGAAUCAAAUCAUGAACAAAAUGGAGUUUGUUCCACCGAAGAACAGAAGCCAGCCAACGAAAUUGAAAUUGAAUCUGAGAAAUCUAAAUUUGUUCAUGCUGCAAAAUCCGAAAUGACUGCUGGAAAUGUGAAAAGUGGUGAAAAGGCAGAAGAAAAGCCGAUGGAAGUUGAAGAUAUUGAGGGUAAAAAUGACAUUUGGGGUAGUGAGGAUGUUAAACAAAGCGAAGACGACGAAUAUUAUGACUGUUCGAACAAGACACCAGCUCCAUCACCACCUGUAGAAAAUGCAUCUAACGAUACUUCUUUGAAGAGCCAAGUGUUUCAGAAUGGAAGUACUAAAAAGCAACCAAAGCCAGAACCAGUGAUUCCCGAAAAUGUGAUGUAUCAUAAAAAUGCGGCGAACAAGUGUUACCAUAGUGGCCAAUAUCAUGAGGCUAUGUUGGAGUACUCAAAUGCGAUUGAUAAAAUGACCCUGGCCGACCGUGAGGUUUUUAAAACGGCGUAUGGUGCUUUGUGGGCCAAUAGAGCAGCAUGUCAUGUCAAAAUGGGAGAUUUGAAACAAGCAAUUGUCGAUUGUGAAAAAGCGUUCGAGGCAGAUUCGACAAACGCGAAAGUUUUGGUCAGACGCGCGGCUUGUUACAGAGGCAUUGAGCGGUACAAAGAAGCCUAUGUUGAUUUGCAGAAAGCUGUGGAACUGAAUUCAAGUCUGUUUUCAACAGUGCAAACUGAACUAAACAGAGUCAAACAGUGUUUGAUUUCGGAAAUUGGCGACAAAUGGAGUGAAAAACUUCCCAAGUUCAACUGCUACGGAGUCGAAUCAUCGGGUGAGAAGUUUAACCGGUUAAAAAGUGAAGGUAAUGAUUUUGUCAAGAAGAAAGAUUAUGAAAGUGCCAUCAAAUUGUACACUGAGUGUAUCGAGGCCGAUAGUGAAAAACCAGUUGCGUUUGCAAAUCGUGCUCAGUGUUAUAUGUCUCUAAAUAACUUCGAACUUGCAGAAAACGACUGCAAUAAAGCAUUGGAGUUGCUUGAAGAAAUCACGGAUGACAAUUUGAAGAUGAAAGUUUAUUACCGACGAUGUAUCGCACGUAAGUCGAGCGGAGUCUACAAAGGAGCGAUGGAUGACUUGACGAAAGUUAUGAAGCUGCAGCCGAAGAAUGAAGCGUAUAAGAAGUUGUUUGCAGAACUGAUGACGCUGCACAGAAGUCAAGCGGCUUCUGAAAAAGCGAAAGGAGAUGUCAAAAUUGAGCCGAAAACAGCAGAGAAAUCAGGCAAGAAAGUCCAAAUUGUGGAAGUUGAAGACGAUGAUGAUGAUGAGGAUGAAAUUUAUGAUCCUGACCAAGAAAUGAAGUCGGUUACAUCGAAUCAAAAACCGGAAAGUUCUCUCAAAAGCGAACCCUCGUCUAAAGAUGUCGAGAUGACUGAUAUCUCUGAGCAGUUCAAGGCCAACGAAGCUGACGAUUCUAAAAAGAAAACUGAACUCACAAACCCAAAAGCAUCAAAGAGUCAAGUUGAAAAGAAACAUAUAGAGCCAGUUCUGAAUUCUCAAACGCCCUUCGAAUUUGCACAAGCGUGGCAAUCGGUUAAACACUUAAAUGAUACAAAAGUGUACGCGAAACUAUUAGACCAAGUCAGCGACUUCAGCAAAGUUAUAACUUUAAAAUUAGAUGCUGGUAUGCUGUCAACCUUAUGCGAAGUUCUUGCAAAAGAGUUCCUCGAUCGUCCAUUGGACUGCCUGCGUCACUUCGAAAGUCUCGCCAAAGCGCAGAGGUUGAGCUUCUUAACUAUGUUUUUCUCAGAAACAGACAAAGUGAAUGUAAAGAAUAUUUUGGAAACGUUAAAUGGCUUCGCAAAGACGAAUCCAGAAGUUAAAGAACGUGUUUCAAUAGUCAACAAGAAGUUUAAACUCUAGUUUGCAAAAUUUGAAACUUUUGUCAAAGUGUCAAUUAAAAUUGAAGCUGUCCCAUAUCAUUCAUUGCUAUCCCUUAUUUUAUUGAAAUGCGUAAAUUGCUACUUUCAUUGUAAAGAUUCGAAUUAGGCUAUUGAAUGCGUUGAGACCUAUUAAAUUUAAGCUUGAUUGUUGAAAAA